GCGGGUUGUAUAAACGCCAUGCAGAAGGUGAAGAAGGUGUGUCUGAGGACAAAGCCGACGUUCUUCUGCCUGGUGGCUAUCAGUACGGUGUACGCCCGUCCCGGAUACUACGGCUACCCUUACGCUGCCGGAGUUCCCCACGCCGCACCCCUGCCCGUCCGUGACACACCGGAAGUGGCCGCCGCUAAAGCUGCCCACUUCGCAGCUUACAACGCUGCUGCAGCAGCUGCGGCAGCUGCACCAGACACGGGUGCUUAUGGCGGCCAUUAUGGUGGGCACUAUACCGGCCCGCUUGCAGGGGUUCCGGUCAUCGUGAACGGCGUCCCUGCUGACACUCCCGAGGUCGCUGCGGCCAAGGCUGCCCACUUCGCCGCUCAUGCGCAUGCCCGAGGGCAUUACUAUGGUUAA